AUGAGUAACACCAUUGACAACGACGCAAGUUUCAUCAUUUUGCAAAAACAAAUCAGUCGUAAAUUGAUGGCCAAGACAUUAAUGCUAAAUAGCAAGGUUCCUUCGCAACAAUUCAACCACAUAACAACAUUAAAAGAUGAUAUUCCAUUUCCUCUCUGGAUUUUACACAAGAUAAAAGAAAUAAACACCUUGGUUGAUGCAGAAGACUUCUGCGAUGUGACAAAUCCUGAUAUCUAUCGAAUCCUAAUGUGCUCAGAAAACUUUGAAACUCUAAUCAAUAACACAUUUAUUCCCACUUUAGAACAAGAAGACAGCCCAGAGGUUGGCUUACCUGACGAUUUAAUUAUGCUAGUAUGA